AUGGUCAGAGACUGCAGACAUACUACAGGAGAUGGUCAGAGACUGCAGACAUACUACAGGAGAUGGUCAGAGACUGCAGACAUACUACAGGAUAUGGUCAGAAACUGCAUGCAUACUACAGGAGAUGGUCAGAGACUGCAGACAUACUACAGGAGAUGAUCAUGGACUGCUUACCUAUUACAGGAGAUGGUCAGAGACUGAGGACCUACUACAGGAGAUGGUCAGAGACUGAGGACCUACUACAGGAGAUGGUCAGAGACUGAGGACCUAAUACAGGAGAUGGUCAGAGACUGAGGAC